AUGCCAAUCAGGAUCGACAUCUCAGAUAUCGCCAUCGCCAAAGACGAGCCGCAGCACCGCCUGCACCUGUGGGGCUUGCAUACCUCGGCCUGGGACGACAACUGCAUCGAAUGCGGCAACGAUCCGGUGUCCGAUGCAGGAGUGGCCAAACCUGGACUCCGCUGCGAAUGCGGCGAAGGAGUCUACUGCAGCGAGGCAUGCAAGCAAAUGUACACCCGGGACGCAACCAUCAAGUGCGCGCUCUUCAGAGGGGCAUCCCUCGGAUCCCGGCCGACGCGCAAGCACCGGCGUGCCCUGAUCGUCGUGCCUAGCAACUCCACAUCCACGUUCAAGCUCACCUGGCUCAAAGUCAAGGGCUGCCGAAUCACCAUAGACCACCCGGCGUUCGACGGGUAUUUCGGCCAUGUCGGCGCUGACAAGUGCUGGCUUGAUCUCGCCGUGGUCAACCCGGCUCUGGCAGGCUCCGAGGCUGCCUUGUUCACAAAGCUAGGCCACGGCAUUGCUAUCGGCUUCGCGUCAAACUUGAUGAACCCAGCGCCCGAGGUUGCCGUCGACUUGUCAUGGGCCAACACUGCGUGGUACCACGAUGCCAUCCAACACCACGGCGUAUUGUGGCCAGGCCCCGUGGUAUUCUUUUGCUUUGGCUACGACUUGCGCGACUACGUGAAAGUCAGUCCGGCGGAACCCGCCGACGUCGAGCGCGGGGCCGAGGCAAGCAUGAGUGACGCCGAAAUCUGGCGUGAGCUGGACACGCUUCGCCGAGCUUGGUACCAUCCGGGCAGCCAGCCAAACAGCGACGGGAGCAGCAACCGGGGCGAAGCGAAGGCUAGCCAGUCGGGCCCGAUGGUCUGGAAGUGGAAGAUCAAGGAACGGGGCACGUCCAUCAAGAUCCUCGACUUCAGCCGGCGCGACCUCAGCACCGUUCUCCACUAUCUGACUCUCUCCCAGCUCAACCCGGCCCCGGCCGUCUACAAGAGGUGUCCCACCGCGACGCCGGCAUGCAAGGUCGUCGACCCCAACCACCCCGCUCGCCGCCAGCUCUGGUGCCGCUUCCAUCCCGACCCCCAGAGAGCCGAGCGAGAAACCGCUGCUCCCUCCGCACCCCCCGCAUCCGCGCCCGACGCCUCCAACGACCCUGCCGAGCUCAUCUACGCCGGCGGCGUCUACUUCCCCGCCUGGCCGCACAGCGCGCGCCCUAUGGCCGGCGCCUUCGCCGUCGGCCUGCCCUGGUACGUGCACUACAGCAUGGACAUCAACCCGCCGUUCCGGCACGGCCUGCGCGGGGCCCCCAACAACCGCGACAAGCCCCCCGGCCUGCGGCCCCGCCGCUCAUGGCUCCAACCGCUGCUUUGGACAGUGCACUUCGCGCCGACGGACCCGACGCGGCUGGCGCUGGCGGAGCCGCAAGAGGCGGCGUGCAGCGACAACAACGACGACGACGACGUGGCAGCGGUGCUGGUGCGGCCGGACGGGCGCGCCAUCGCGCCGCACCACGCGCGCGCGCUGCACAAGUACCUGCGCUACACGCGGCCGCGGGAGUGGGCGCGGCACGGCCCGCGCGGCUUCGAGGCGUACUGGCGCACGUACGCGCGCGUGCUGCACGCGGGCGCCGGCGCGGAUGAGCUGGGGCCGGCGGGCGCCGUGCCGAGUCCGUACGAGCUCGAGUCCGAGGCUGAGUUCGGGGGCGGGAGCGGGGCGGUUCCCCCCGCGCUGCGGCCGCCGCCGCCUCGCUCGCUCGUCUGCUACACGGAGCGGGCGCUGGCGUAUAUGACGCUGGAAGGGCUGGGGCCGGAGGAGUGGCGGAGGGCCGAGCUUGAGCGCGAGAGGGAGCGGAUUCUGGUGGCGAUUGAGAUGUAUGAGCGCGCGGGACAUGGUUUUUGA